CAGGAGGGGUUUCCUCCCGAAAGGACCACCCCGAGAGGAGAUUUGACCAAUCAGGGCGACUUCCGGGGGUGGAUGACCCCGUCUAGAAGAGGGUCAUGUGACCCCUCUAAGAACUCCUCCCACCACCCUCUACCAAUCAGGAGGGGUUUCCUCCCGAAAGGACCACCCCGAGAGGAGAUUUUGACCAACCGGGGUGACCCCUCUAAGAACUCCUCCCAAGGCCCUCCGCCAACCCGAGUGCAGCACCAAUACCCCAUAAGUACCAGCGCCGAACAGAGGAGGCCAUUUUUCUUACCAAGGACACGUGUUUUAGAAAGCGUGGAAAGGCUGCUCAGAGGAAAACAUGGACUCCUUUACCACCCCCGUUAGAGCUUCGGACUUUGUUUUACCCCCGAGAGUCUUUGACCGUCCACGGAGAAAACGUUACAUCAGCGACAGUUCUGAGGAGGAGGUUGUGACUGCGGGGAGCCCUUUGGCCCAGCCGUUGUUGGAUACGCCGGAAUCCGACCCCGAAACUCUUGUGAGACAUCCCAAAGAGCCUGAUGACCUCUCUUUGUCCACCCCCUCAGAUCGCCGCUUGGGAGAGUCACCGGUGGACAAGGCAAAUGGAAAAGAUGGCACUCAGGAGCUCGACGAUGCCUUUCUAGAGGACCCAGAGCCCCUGGACAGCGUUGCAUCAAGCAGUGAAGAUGAACCGGGCCCACCAUGUUUUUGCUCAACACCAAUACAAAUUGUUGAAGAGGGCUCCGAGGAUGAUGGGUUUGAAGAGUUUAGGAGGAGGCUAGGCAUAGAACUGUCCGAGCCAGUGCCACGUCGUGAGCGUAAAAAAGUUAUGCGGAUUAUUGUACGCGUUGCUGUUUAUGCUGUCCUUAAACACUGCCUUAGGGAAAAGCUUUUUGAAGAUUGUGAGGGCUGUGUCAUUGAUGCGCCAGCCCAACGGCACCAUGACUGUGUUAUGCUAUGCAAUGUCUGUGCCUAA